CAACUAAACGGAAUUUAGUAGCAAAAAAAAUAGAACGCAUUUAAGAAUAAAAUUAAAUUUUUAUUUCACAAAUUUUUUUCCAUAUUAAAGAAAAAUCUUUGAUUUUAUAUUAAAAAAAAAAAAAAAUAAAUAAGUAAUUGAAACAUCCAAUAUGAAACUUACCGUUUCGAUAAUUUUAUUCGUUAUAUGUGUUAUAACUAAUUAUCAAUCGAUUUCUGCCAAACCGCAUUGGUAUAACAGUAAAAAAGAAGCUGCUAAUCAUUGCAUUCUUAAGAAGAAGACCAUAUCCAAUUCAAAAUUCGUUCAUGAAUCCGAAGAAAAUGUUUUUGGAUGUAGAACUGACAAUCAAGUUACGUUUAAACACUAUUGUCGUGCUCUUGAAAAAUGUGUUGGAAAAAUUAAAGGAAUUGAUAAAUACUACUGCCGAAAAUUUGAUACAUAUUCUCCGGAAAGUUAUGUAUUCUAAUUUCUAGUUUAUAUUUUAUUGUAUUUAUAUGCAGCACUAUAAUUAUGUAAACUGUUUGAGCGUUCAAUUUCGCUUUGAAUAAAUAAAUAAAUAAAUUA